CUAUGUCGUUGGUGCAUAUGUAGAAUGGUGCAUCUUACCGCAUCAUAUCUAUCCCUUUUAUGAUGGGUUGACCCGAUACGAUGGAUCAUGACCCGAUGUAAGACUGUCAUACACCAAACUGUAAAUCUACCGUUCGUUCCAAUGCAUUUGCACGCAAAGCACACGACGCUCUUGUUUCCGGAGCCGAUACCAUCCGUCUGUCGAGGUAGAGGGAUUGACUGGAAAAGGGUACAAACUCACACUUAGCCAUGAAGCUUCAAUAUCUUUCCCCUUGUAAAACCGCCGUUGCAUCCAUGAAAAUGGGGUUUCAUUCCGGCCAGGGUUUCAACGGCUCUCAGGGUUUAUGCAGAGCCGAAUUGCGUGACAAAGAGUUCAUAGCAAAGUUACUUGAUGUAAAAUGGUCAUUGGUCACACCAGAUUCCAAAAUCCACCAAAUAAUGCUUUCUGUGAAGGACGGACAGUCCAUAAAUGGACCAGUUCGUAACAUUUCCUUUUUAAACAAUACCAAUCCACAACUUGGCGACAAAAUGGAGGACAAAGAAGAUCUAUCCUUCUAUAUCGUGAGGGAUGAUUUAUUGCACCCACUAGUAAAUGGAAAUAAAGCAAGGAAACUGGAUGGGUUGCUUCCUCUUCUACAAGAUCAUUCAGUAACUGAUGUGGUUACAUGUGGAGGUUGUCAAAGUGCUCAUGCUGCAGCUGUUGCUGUUUCUUGUGCAGAGAGAGGGUUGGCAUCGCAUUUGCUUCUACGAGGAGAGCAGCCUGAAAUUCUGACUGGCUACAACUUAAUUUCAACAUUAUAUGGAAAUGUCACGUAUGUUCCUAGAUCUCUUUAUGGCCACCGGGAAAAAAUGCUGAAGAGCCAUGCCAAUUUGUUGGUCGGUGAUUCUGGUAUUGUCAUGUGUUGUGAUGAUAUUAUUCAGGCUUUGUCCAUGGCUCAAACAUCUAGUGCCGCCAAUUUUGCUCCGAUGGAUACUCAUAGAAGCGCUGAGGACUAUCCAAGAAAGGUGGUCAUUGUUAGUGAGGGUGCAGGGGAUGCUAUAGCAUUGCUAGGGGUCAUUCGCCUUGUCAACUACUUAGUGCAGAAUCAUUUACUUGGAAUAGAGAGACCUGUUAAGUUUAUCGUUGAUGCUGGUACUGGGACUACAGCUGUUGGUCUAGGACUGGGAGCCCUACUUUUAGGGCUUCCAUGGGAGGUAACAGCAGUAAUUCUAGCAGAUACUAUUGAUGGGUACAGGCAGCAUGAGAAACGCUUGAUUUCUGAUUUCAAGAGGCGAUUCUGUAAUCACUUCACUGAUGUUAACUUGAAUGAAGUAGAUGGUGGAAUUGUGAAUUGGGUAGAGCGCCAGCGACCAAGAAAAUUUGGCAAUGUAUUGGAUGGGGAAGUAGAGACAUGCCAACGAAUUGCGCAGCAGACUGGAAUUCUGGUGGAUCCUGUGUAUACUUUAGCUGGUUGGGAAAUGGCAACUAUGCUCAGCGAGAAGGCAGUGAAAGGAGAUGCAAAAGUGGUGAUGCUUCACACUGGAGGCACUCUUGGCAUGUUUGGACUAGCACAGAGAUAUAAAUCACACUUCAGUAGUCUCAGAUAUUGAGAAUCACUGCAAUUUUAGAUUGAACAACGAUCUGAUAGUACUCAAAAAUGUUGUGCUUAUGAAUGUGUAGUACAUUGACAUGCAUCUGAUAUUCUGGAUUCAUUUUAAGCUUAAUGUGGUUAAAAUCACUUUCUAG